AUGAAGACCUUCACAACCCUCGCAGCUUUUGCUGCUGGGACAAAUGCCCUUGUUGGCCGGGGCAACACCUGUUGCUUUCAUCUGACGGCUUCCGGUGGUGCUUCCGGCACCAUUGGCCAGCUUGGUGAUGGCCAGAACCGCAUCGGUGGUGGACUACCGGAAACACAGUUUUGCAUCGACUCCAACGGUAGCAUCGCCGAUAGCAGUGGACGCGGCUGUGUUGUGACCAGCUCGACCACUCAGUUCCAGUGUGACUUGGGGGUGCCCGGUACUUCGGGCUUCUCUAUCAGCUCUUCCGGAGAGCUCGAAUACAAGGGCGAUGCCGACUUCGUUGCCUGCCAGACUGGUGACGGCGGUGAACUGAACCUUUACACUACAGAGAGCUCUUCCGUGACCGGCUGCGAAAAUAUCAAGUUGACCGCCGAUUCUUGCUCUGGCACCGGUGCCGGCUCUGGCGCUGGCUCCAGCUCAGUGCCCGCUGUUUCCUCAACCCCUGCUCCUGGCGCUGGCGCUGGCGCUGGCGGCUCUUCCAGUGUCCCUGCUGGUGCUGGUGCCAUUGGCUCUUCCACUGCACCUGGUGGUGCCCCUUCUAGCGCCCCUGCUGGCCCUGCCCCCUCUCCUGGUGGUGGCGGUGCUCAGCCUUCUGGAACUGCCCCCGGUGGUGCCGGUGCCGGAUCUUCCCCAGCCCCCUCUGCUCCUGGCUCUGCUAGCGCCCAGCCUUCUGAGACCUCUCCCGGAGGUGCGGGUGCUCAGACUUCUGGAACCUCGACUCCUGAAACCUCUGCGGCUCCCAGCGGCGCUCAGGCAUCUAGCACUGCUACCCAGUCGUCUGCUGCCAGCUGCCCCACCGACCUUUCUGGCGACUACGAGUACCCUCACUUGAUCGUCCCGAUCAACUCUUCUACCCCUGACACUGCCUUCGGUUCUCAGUUCUUCGGCACUGUCUCCUCUACCGUCUCGACCAUCUUCAACUUCGACAUUCCCUCCUCGGAUGCCGGAAAGACAUGCAGCCUCAUCUUCCUGCUCCCCAACAAGCAGGACCUCGAGACCUCAUCCUACACCUUCAGUGGUGACGGCAAGGUUGACUUCUCCCUGCUCUCGUCUGCUGCCAGCCUGAAGACUAGCUAUAGCAACGCCCCCUCGGUGCAGCAAGACUACGGUGAUUUCACCCUGUCGCCCGGCAACUCCUACCUCAUCUCCUCUUUCUCCUGCCCCGCUGGCGAGACCGUCAGCUACGAGAUGAAGGAGGCCGGUAGCACCUACCUCAACUUCUUCGAGGACUACAACCCCUCUCCUCUCGGUCUGUACAUCACCGUCUGCUAA